UAAAAAAAACACGUAGCAUGCAGACGCAUUUUCUUCUUCUCAUGCAUAUAGAAGAAGAAGAAAAGGGCAAAGAUGCAGAGAGUAGUGACGUCUAGGGUUAGGUUUUCACUCCAUGGAUUCUCCUAUGGAGGUCACUAAAUUCACCACCACCACUGCAGCCACCACUACUGCUGCCUCCACAACUGAAGUUUGUUCGGAAUCUCCUGUCACUAACUUCAUAAGCAAUCUCUCUCCAAUAAAGAAUAUCAGGUGUGCACAUUUUUGCACAAGUAUACCUCAGUCUAAUCUCCCCUCCUCAGGUAUUCACAUCACCACAUACAAGUUCACACCGUGAAACAAGUUUUCCACAAAGGCCUCAGUGCUCCUCAUUAUUGCUUGUAGAAACAACUCACUAUGACUAUGAAAGCAAGAAAUAUGAUGAUAGUUUAGAUGAUUCCACCAAAACUACUGGCUGUUUGUUUAGUGGGUCAAUCAAUCAGAAGGACAUGGAUACAACAAAUUCACUCCCAGUCCCAGGCCACUCUUACAGUUCCUCUGGAGAUGUUGACCAGUACUUGGUUGAUCCUGUUGAGGUGGACCAUGCAAAUUCUGCAUAUUCAGUCAGUUCAAAAUUGGAACAGUCUGAUGGUUUGCUUCCUUCAGCUGAAUCUAAGAAUGACUUGAUGUUAGAUGGUAAUGAUGCAUGGAGGGAAGUGGAUGCAGCUCUUCCCUUUAGGGAACAAUUUGGAGACGAUUUUCCGGGGAAGUCAAAGUUUGGUGUUGAGCCAGUGAAAAUUGUAGAGGGACAGAAAUUUGGUGAAUCGCUUUCUAUUGACCAUCCAGAUAUUGAGUCUGCCCUAUCUGUGGAUAACAUCUCCAAGGAACAACAAUUUGAAAUUUCAGGUCUGCAGGCUAGUCAAAACCAGCAAAGCAUAAGCAGGCGCUGCCUUCAAUUUGGAGAAGCUCAACCAAAGAGCACUUUGAGCAGCACCAGUUCUUCCAAUCCACGGAAUAAUAUAACCAGUACAAGGCAACCUCUUUCCGCUAUGCAAUUGGAGAGUUCAGAGGCAUCUUAUUUGGAUUCAAGUACAACGUCUAGCAAGAAGCUCCUGGUUGGCUUGUCCCAACCCAUGUCAACCAUGGUUCCUCCUUGCCAUUGUGGAAAUGUUCCCUACAUUAUUUCCAAGCCAUCAGGUAUUGGCUUGCACCUAAACAGCUUUGUGAACAAUGUGCCAGUGGGUUGCAGUGCAACUGUCAUGAUGAAGUUAGCAGAUAACAGUAUGGGUGGACCUGGGAUAUGGUCAGCAUCUGGUACUUCCUGUUUUUCCCCGGAGAACAUCAAGAGCCGCUCGGGAUCAUCAAGUUUAGUUGAGAAGGUUUCGGACAUCAAUGAAGUCAUGAUGUUUCAAAGUGAAGCUUCAAUAGCUGCAGGUUCUACCCCUGCUGAAGCUCUCCAACCCAUGAAACCCUUUAAUACAUUGCCUCCAAUAGAGCAUUAUGCAACUCCACUCAGUAAAAUAAAGGUUAAUGUAGCGCAUGCUCACAAUUUUGAGGAAAUCAAACAACCUAGCCCCAGCAAGAAAAGGAAGAAAUCUUCAAGCACUCUUGAUGGUGACGAUUGCAAACGUUGCAAUUGUAAGAAAACCAAAUGCUUGAAACUUUAUUGUGACUGCUUUGCUGCUGGAAUCUAUUGUGCUGAGCCUUGUUCUUGCCAAGGCUGCUUUAACAGACCCGAGUAUGAAGAAACAGUCCUUGAGACAAGGCAACAAAUUGAAUCCCGAAAUCGACUUGCUUUUGCCCCCAAGAUUGUGCAGUUUGUCACUGAAUUUCCAUCCAACAAUGCGGAAGAGGGAAAUGGGUCGACACCAUCCUCAGCUAGGCACAAAAAAGGAUGCAACUGCAAAAAAUCAAUGUGUCUGAAAAAAUAUUGUGAAUGCUAUCAGGCCAAUGUUGGAUGCUCAAGUGGAUGUCGAUGUGAGGGAUGCAAAAAUGUCUAUGGCAAGAAAGACGAAUAUGGCCUAUCUGAAGAAAUGAUGAGCAAUAAAGGCACUGAGGAAAGGUUGGCUGAGACAUUUGAUGACAGACUGGAAGUGGUGGCGACGGAGCAAGAUUUCUUACUUGCUGAGUUGUAUGAUUCACACUAUCUCACGCCUCUCACACCAUCAUUCCGGGGCUCCAAAUACCUCCCAUCAUCUGAGUCAGACCUUACCAUCUUAUCAUCUUAUGCAAGACCUGUGAGGUCUCUGCAAAAUUCGGAUAGCAAUGACAUAUUUCUCGAAACAAGUAAAGGGACUUUUGAUGUAAACCCUUAUGGUCAGGAAACAGAUUACAAUAGUUCUCUAAUGGGGGACAGAUUCUCACUCAGAUGUGAUUCACUAGUAGAUAUGUCCAACCUCACACCUCUGCCCAAUCCCUCAAUGGUCAUGUCUUCUGCUUCAUCUAAAACAAUGGAUUGGACAAAUGCUUCUCGACUUCAACCUGGCACUGGAAGUAGUUGCUAUUCCUCUGAUGGUUCCCUUCGCUGGCAUUGUUCACCAAUUUCACCUAUGACACAGUUAUGUGGGACCAAAGACCAUGAGAGGGUUAACACUGAUAGCAGGUACUAUGACAUUCUUGAAGAUGACACACCUGAGAUACUGAAAGAUGCUUCUACCCUGAAUAAAUCUGUGAAAGUAAGCUCCCCCAACCAGAAGCGAGUUUCUCUGCCUCACACUCAUAUGCAAGAACUUGGAUCAAGCUCAUCAGGAGGAGGCUUAAAAAGUAGACGCAAGUUCAUAUUGCAGGCUGUGCCUUCUUUUCCACCUCUUACUCCUUGUAUUGAUUCAAAGGGCAGCACUAAUCAGAAAGAAAGUGAUGUUUGAGCAAAUGUCGAAACAGAUAUUCAACUGUACUGCAGUUUGAGGUUUUGGUCAUUGCACUCAGUAAUACUUCUUCAGAACGUAUAACAGCAGGCUGCUGUAUUUGGUUGGUGCAGCACCUUUGCAAGGAUUCAGAUAUUUGUAUCAGGCUCGAUACGACGAUCCUUUGUGCCAUCUAUUUGCCUGAUCUCCAUCAUGACUUUCUGAGGUAAAAAUGUUCCAAGUUUCCACCAUAAAAAAAUGCUCUGUAACUUUGUAGUCAAGGAGAUAUGGCCACGGAAUCAUCAGUUUUCUCUUCUAGUUUUAUUUUAUUAUCUUAUGUUAGUAUUGCUUCCUUCCUGAACUGGAUGUUUAUUUUGGUAGUUAUUCCUCAUGGUUAGAGGGAAGAAAUAAUGAUGGAAGUUUUAGCUUGUU